UGAAAAAAAGGUGACGUCGAUCUUAUUAUAUAUAAUAGGAGCUAGAUGUCCUCUCUUUCUCGAUAGCAAUCACGUCAAACCUCGAUUGAAUUAUCUCAUCAGCAGCUCAAUCUACUCGGUACUAGAUCUAGUUAGCAAGCAAUAUUCUGUCACGAUGUUCUCAUCUCGCAUCUUCAUAUCUACGGCCACCGCGCUGCUAGCUCUUUGCAAUGUAGCCGCAGCCAUGCCACAAGGAGGACCGAUCUCACCGGCACCCACCCCGACUACGAUCCCGGGACACUGCUACACGACGAUGGAUGACUUCGAGCACACCACGGCCUGGGUGAAGACCCACGAAUGCUACACCUACACCCGCACGGCCCCGUCUUCUACUUGCCCAACUCUCUCAUGCGCAGCCCAGCCGACGGACCGCAUCUGCCCGGAGAUCAUCAAGGUUUCUAGCGUGACAGUCCCGUGUGCCACCGACUGUUGCCCGACAACUUCGACGUCGUAUGUAUCAACCGGAGCCUGCCCGACCUGCGCCGAGUGCCCUAUCCCCACCCAAUGGAUCACCUACACCACUGGAUGCGCAGGCACUCCUACUAUUACGUCCGGGACGAUUGAGACGGCACCAUGGAACACGCCCGACAACUAGAAAAUUGACGCAGUGGGCAGUAGUUUAGACAAUUGAUGGAGAAGAAAUUGUAGUUAGUGACUCUG